CCGGCCAGGAAGCGCGGAAGGAACCGCCGGGGGCCAUGGACGGGGCGGUGAUGGAGGGGCCUCUCUUUAUACAGAGUCAGCGUUUCGGUACCAAGAGAUGGAGGAAGACCUGGGCGGUGCUCUACCCCGCCAGCCCGCACGGCGUGGCGCGACUCGAAUUCUUUGAUCACAAGGGGUCGAGCUCUGGAGCUGGCCGAGGGGGCUCGCGCCGUCUGGACUGCAAGGUGAUCCGUCUGGCCGAGUGCGUGAGCGUGGCCCCGGUGGCUGUGGAGAGCCCCCCCGAGCCCGGCGCCGCGGCCUUUCGCCUGGACACCGCGCAGCGCUCGCACCUGCUGGCAGCGGACGCACCGUCCAGCACUGCCUGGGUGCAGGCUUUGUGCCGAAAUGCCUUUCCGAAAGGCAGCUGGGCCCCGGCGCCUGCCGACAGCCCACCCAAGCUUUCUGCCCUGGAGAUGCUGGAGAACUCUCUGUAUAGCCCCACUUGGGAAGGAUCCCAGUUCUGGGUAACCGUGCAGAGAACAGAAGCCGCUGAGCGAUGCAGCCUGCAUGGCUCCUAUGUGCUGAGGGUGGAGGCUGAGAAACUGACUCUCCUGACUAUGGGUGCCCAGAGUCAGAUCCUGGAGCCCCUCCUCUCCUGGCCGUACACCCUGUUGCGUCGUUAUGGCCGAGACAAGGUCAUGUUCUCUUUUGAGGCAGGCCGUCGCUGCUCCUCUGGCCCUGGGACCUUCACUUUCCAGACUGCACAGGGAAAUGACAUCUUUCAGGCAGUUGAGACUGCUAUCCACCGGCAGAAGGCCCAAGGAAAACCUGGUCAUGGGCAGGAUGUUGUUCUCAGAGCUGAUUCCCACGGAGAAGUGGCAGAGGGGAAGUUGGCUUCCUCUACUGGCCCCCAGGAACUCCUGGGCAGCCCUCCAGCCCUGUAUGCAGAACCUUUAGACUCCCUUCGCAUUCCUCCAGGCCCUUCUCAGGACUCCUUAUACUCAGACCCCCUGGACAGCACUUCUACUCGGGCAAGGGAGGGGGCACAGAAACUUUUCAACUGGGACAUGUAUGAUCACGUGCAGCAGCAGCUGCUGAACACCAAGCUGAAGGACCCCAAAGAGGACCCUAUCUAUGAUGAACCUGAGGGCCAGGCCCCCGUUACUCUGCGGGACCUCUAUGAUCUGCCUCAGGAGCCCAGGGAUGCUUGGUGGUGCCAGGCUCGAAUGAAGGAGGAAGGCUAUGAGCUCCCCUACAACCCUGCCACUGAUGACUACGCUGUGCCACCCACUCGGAGCACAAAGCCCCUCCCAGCUCCCAAGCCCCAGGGUUUGGUCUUCUCUGAACGUGGCACUCCAGUGGGCAGUGGCAACAAAGGCAGUGGUUCAGACACUGCCCUGUACAGCAAGAUCCAGAAGAGUGGGGCCUCAGGAAAUUGGGACUGUGGGCUCACUAGAGCAGGGACUGACAGGAUUGGGGUCAAAUCAGAGGGUUCCACAUGAGAAGCAGGGCAAGACUGGGGGCACUGAUAGAAGGACCAUGGGGAGCUGACAUUGGAACCAGAGGGCUUGAUGAGGCCUGAGUCAGGCCAGGGGACCAGAGGGAUCAGAGAUGUCAAGGGAAGAAUGAUCGAGAAGUUCUACAAGUUGGACAGAUGGCAGGAGCUGAGGGAUACAUUUUAGGGAGGGCAACACCCCCCCCCACUUCAAAGAAUGGAGAAUUGUUGGACCAGGUCUGUGGAAAGGGGUGCUUGGUCAGAUUAAGUAUAAUUAGAGGAGCCUGUCUGGAGGCUAUAGGGGGAUGCUGGAUUGUGCCUAGAUCCUUAGCCCUGCAUUGUUCUUUAUCAGAGAUAUAUUAAAGUUUCUGAAAAAUCCUCAUUAAAGUCAGUUUGGGUUUCAGAGGUCUGUGGGUCUAUGUGUAUGAAUAGUC